CGGGGCGAGGCGGGGAGGGGGCCGGCCGGAGGUGGAGGCCGGGCCAGAGGCUGGAGGGAGGCGGCGGGGACAGUUUGUUGUGCUCGGAACAUGGCGGGCGUUGGCGACGCGGCCGCCCCGGGAGAAGGCGGCGGUGGUGGCGUGGACGGCCCGCAGCGGGACAGCCGCGGCGAGGCGGAGCAGCCGGGCGGCAGCGGCGGACAGGGGCUCCCGCCGGCGCCUCAGCUCACUGAGACGCUAGGCUUCUACGAGAGCGACCGGCGGCGGGAGAGGCGCCGGGGCCGCACAGAGCUUUCAUUGUUGAGGUUCCUCAGUGCUGAACUAACAAGAGGGUACUUCCUUGAACAUAAUGAGGCCAAGUAUACAGAAAGAAGAGAAAGAGUAUACACUUGUUUGCGAAUACCAAGAGAAUUGGAAAAGCUGAUGGUUUUUGGAAUCUUUCUAUGCCUGGAUGCGUUUUUGUAUGUGUUCACCCUGCUUCCUUUAAGAGUUUUCCUGGCACUGUUCAGGCUCCUCACUUUGCCUUGCUAUGGCUUAAGGGACAGACGUUUGCUUCAGCCUGCCCAGGUGUGUGACAUUUUGAAGGGUGUCAUUUUGGUCAUCUGCUAUUUUAUGAUGCACUAUGUUGACUACUCUAUGAUGUACCACCUGAUAAGGGGGCAGUCCGUCAUCAAGCUCUACAUCAUAUACAACAUGCUGGAGGUAGCUGAUCGUCUGUUUUCAUCUUUUGGACAAGAUAUAUUAGAUGCUCUCUAUUGGACAGCAACAGAACCUAAAGAAAGAAAAAGAGCCCACAUUGGGGUGAUUCCUCACUUUUUCAUGGCUGUUCUCUAUGUCUUUUUGCAUGCAAUUCUUAUAAUGGUUCAAGCAACAACUCUCAAUGUAGCUUUUAACUCACACAACAAGUCUUUGCUUACUAUCAUGAUGUCUAAUAAUUUUGUUGAAAUUAAAGGAAGUGUUUUCAAGAAGUUUGAAAAGAACAAUCUCUUUCAAAUGUCAAAUAGUGAUAUUAAGGAACGAUUCACAAAUUAUGUGCUUUUACUAAUAGUGUGUCUAAGAAACAUGGAACAGUUUUCUUGGAAUCCAGAUCAUCUCUGGGUGUUGUUUCCAGAUGUCUGUAUGGUAAUUGCAUCAGAAAUUGCCGUGGAUAUUGUAAAACAUGCCUUUAUCACCAAAUUCAAUGACAUUACUGCAGAUGUCUACAGUGAGUAUAGAGCCAGUCUUGCUUUUGACCUUGUUAGCAGCCGACAGAAAAAUGCAUACACUGAUUACAGCGACUCUGUAGCACGGAGGAUGGGUUUUAUUCCUCUCCCACUAGCUGUUUUACUCAUCAGAGUUGUAACAAGCUCAAUUAAAGUGCAAGGAAUCCUGUCUUAUGCCUGUGUCAUACUCUUCUAUUUUGGGUUGAUAUCCCUGAAAGUACUUAAUAGCAUUGUGCUGUUGGGGAAAUCGUGCCAGUAUGUGAAAGAAGCCAAAAUGGAAGAGAAGCUGUCAAAUCCUCCCCCAACCUGCACUCCAGGCAAGCCAUCCAGUAAAUCACAGAACAAAUGUAAACCCUCUCAAGGCCUUUCCACAGAAGAAAACCUGUCUGCCUCCGUCACCAACCAGCCUAUUCAUCAAAAGGAAAAUAUCAUACCAUUGCUUGUGACAAGCAACUCUGAUCAGUUUUUGACAACUCCAGAUGGUGACGAGAAGGACAUAACGCAGGACAAUUCUGAAUUAAAACACAGAUCCUCAAAGAAAGAUUUGUUAGAGAUAGACAGGUUCACAAUUUGUGGAAACCGAAUUGACUGAAUCUGUGGCUCCAUGUGCUGAUGAAGCUGGGUCCUGGGGCAGCAAGUGCUGUGUUGCCAGGACAGACAGAUGCUAAACAUGGCACUUAAAUAUUUAUUUAAAAACUUAAAUUAUUAUUGGCAAGCAGAUCUUAGUAUCUUUCUUCCAGUAAUGUGGUCUGGCUGAGGGUCAGAUCACAAGACAGGAGCGACCUUGACCUUGACUCUCUGGGAAGCUUGAUGGAUUAUAAAACUUCCUCCUGCCUGGCCAAGCAGCAGCGUCACUUCCAGAACCCAACCAAGGCAACAUCAAAAUCUGUUUUGCUUUGUCAAUCUGGGCUUCCAGAAUGUUGAAUUUGCCUCAAGGCCUCUUCAGUAUAAGGAAAUACCUGGAAAACUGUGAAGCUUUUACCGUGACGUUACCUUACCAGUCUCAUACUAUUUUCACAAACAGUUUUCAAAUGUUACUUCAUCUGCCAAAGCAUUAAAAAAAAUUAAACAUAAGUCAACAUAAAUGUUCUUACCACCAGAAUAACCCUUAAAGAUGUAUCUUGAUUAAUCAGAAUAAAAGGCUACCUUAAAUAAGACAUGAUGAACAGUAGCAUUUUGUAGGGUAAACAAAAACAAAAACAAAAAACGCUAAACCAGUUUAUUUAUUUAAAAAAUUAAUGAAGGCUAUGCAUUACUGGGAAAAACCCUUCAUAAUUUUUCAGUUUACUCUUUAAAGCAAAAUGUGAGCUGUAUGUCAUUUAAUUGCGGUGGUUAAAAUAUAAAUAUCCUUACAAAAGGGCACUUUUUACACCAAGGAAGCAGAGCAGUGUUAACUUUAAGGUAUACUUCACUGGUUUUGCUUUAAAACUAAUUGCUUCAUAAAUUAUUACAGCUAAAAGGAUUUGGUGUUGAACAGGCUGAAAAAUUGUCAGUGUACAAAAUUCGAAACUGUCAACUUUAGCUGUAAGUAAAUGCUCCAAGUGUGUUAGGCAGCAGCAUCUUGCUCGGGCUUAUCAAAUGCAUCAGUCCUUCUGUUUAGGUGGACAGCGGGUGUGCCUGUGCUGGGGCAGGGUGUGUGUUCUGUGGGUGUGUGUCUGUGGGGAUGUGACUGUCAGGGUGGGCCUGUGCUGGGGGUGGGGCAGGCCCCGGUCUGGAGAGGAUUUUGUGUGAAAGUAAAUGGGUGUUUGAGGCGUAUGGGUGGCUGUCAGUGUGGGGAGGCAUCUGUGUAUGGCUGUUGGGAACAGCAACCAAAAGGUGCUUUUGGUUUUGUUUGAGAUAAGAUUCUGUUUCCAUUUAAUUACUAGUUUGUGGCCUACAUCAUAGGUCAAGUUACUUCCCUCCCGUAAAACUUCUACAACUUCUGGUUUCAGAACUGUCCAGAAGGUGGUACUGUUAACUGUUAUUUCCUUUGAUGUUUUGAUUUUGAAGUUUAGUUCUCAUGCAAAUGUUUCAGGCAUAUAUAUAUGCAGAAGGCAAUUUUUAGGUGAUUUGUCUGUUUCUUGGAUGAAAUAUAAAGCAAGCUUUAAUGUUCCGACUUGUUCAUUUGAAAUACAAAAAAAGUAAGUGAAUUUUAAUGUUUUGUAUUAACUAAAGAAAUCUGAAGAUUAAUGUUGAAGAAAUUGUAUGGACAUGCCUUUGUGAAACCAGGAAGUAUUUUAAGUUAAAAAUGAAAAAGCUUUUAAUUGCUUUGUGUGUGUUUUAGUGGAGCCCCAUUUUAGAAUUAUUAUUUUUUUUCCAUCUCCCUUUACCAACAAAAGGAACAAUGCCAUGGUGAAUGGAAUAGUUUGGGGAAAGCUUUGCCAAACACAACCCUGAUUUCAGAGCAGGAACAUGGUUUGGAUAGAUCUUCAGUUCCGCUUGAAUUAUUCUGUGACUGUGCUGUCAUUUUCAGAAGAUUUCCAUUCCUUUGCAGAUGCUGUUGGGAGUUCGGGAUUAUGUUCAUUUCUUCUGUCAUAAUGGCAUUCAAUACUAAUUUUAUAAGUGCAUCUUGUGUGAAACUCAAUAAAUUCAAUUUUGUAAUCUUUUUUAAAAA